ACAAGCACACACAAGCACACACACACACUCAUACACACUCACACACUUCACUUCAGCCCUACAACUUGAUGAAGUUCUCCUCCAGACUUUACAUUCAGCGCGGAUCAGCCUCCCUGGUCAGCAGCAGCAUGGCUUCAUCCAACAAGUGGUGGGUUUUGUGCGCCGUCUCGCUCUGCUGCGUCGCCCGCCUCGGGUCUUGUAGAAGACACAGAGAAGAUGGAGCGCUGCCCGAGCUCUUCAUCUUCAACGAGCUGUGCGCCCUGAAGGACGAUCCGGGGCACUGCAAGGCCAUCAAGGACCGCUUCUUCUUCAACGUGGACACGGGACGCUGCGAGCUGUUCGAGUACGGAGGCUGCGGCGGAAACGCCAAUAAUUUUGAGACCUUGGAAGCUUGUGAGGAAACGUGCGUCGUCUCAGAAGACAAGAACCCGUGUCAUCUAGACGAAGCUCCGGGUCCCUGUCGUGGGCUGGUGACGCGCUACCUCUUCGACAGCAGGAGCCAGCAGUGCAGGCAGUUCUUUUACGGCGGCUGCUUCGGCAAUGCCAACAAUUUCAGGAGCAUGGCGGAGUGCCAGGCCAAGUGUCUGAACCCAGCAAAACCAACGAGGGCGCCAGAAGUCCACACGCAGUCCGCUGUGCAGCCCACCAUCGACGCCGGAGAACAGACUGUAAGCCUGAGUCAACCUCAGGUGCAAACCAAUGACUCUGAUCAACCGAAAGAGUUGAGUCCUACCAAUCUGUGCUUCCAUCCUGUGGAACGGGGAACGUGUGGCGGUGCAGAGAGAAGGUUCGCUUUCAACCCCAAGACCAAGAGGUGCCAGGCGUUCGAGUACAGCGGCUGCGGGGGCAACGGCAACAACUUCACACACCGGAAGGACUGCAUCAUGAAGUGCAUCAGACGGAGAAAGGCUCACGGGAAGAGGAUGAUCCGAAUAAGGAAGAAAAACAUCGACAACAUCAUCAAUCGCUCGGUCUGAAUACUCGCUCCUGCAUCAGACCCGUGGAGCUGAAUGUAUUUAUGUCCAUAUUUUUUUUCAAUGCUCAACUCAUAUCUACUGUUUUUAGCUCCUAGAGCACUUAUAAUUGUAAAAUAAUCAUGUUAAGUGUGCCUGAUGUAGCUCUGUGACUGAAAGCAAUUAUAAUCACAUUAUUUCAGUGUAUCUCACUGACAAAAAACACAUUUGUUUUGCUGAUGUCUCGUACGGCAGAUCAUCACACUGCGUAUGAACACGUCACUGUCAUUUUUUAUAACGCUUCAGCUGCAUAUUUACUGUGUUCGUGUGUGUGUACAGUAACUGAUGCUUCUCUACAGUGGUUCUGGUGUCGCUCCACUGCUGUUAGUCAAUGCGAACGAUGGCAUUAGCAGAUUAAACCGGAGGACGAUCUUUAAUCUCGGCUCACCGGCGACGGCGUAGAGAAUCUUCUUCAGUAAACACAUUAAUCAAGACGACCUCACAGCUGUAAAAUCAAUGUGAACGAGAUAACGACUGAUUUCUUUUUUUUAAUCAGGUUAAACAUGAACACUUGUUUUAUUUGAAUCAAUGUUAUGCCCAUUUUUUUGUAAAUCACAGUUGCAGCCGUGCGGGUGUUGUUAGCCAGGACGACCAGCAGGAGGCGGUGUUGUGUAAAGAAAGAGCUCGGUCCUGCUCGGCUGCUCAGUAUCAGCUUUACUGUCUCGUUUUUAUAACCAUGGCUGUAAUGUGCUGGACUGUAAGAGUUUAUAUAAUAAAGUUUAACGACAUCC